AAAAGGAAUAUGAGGAAUAAAUGAGGUCUAUACCACACCUUUUUCUAGCCAUGUUCUUUUUGCCGCAGACCCAUUUCUUUCUUCUCUUGAAUCAUGGCUGUUCUGGUACUGCAUAGCUGUAAGGUGUCCAACAUUGUUCUCUCUCUCAUGAUUAUUCUGUGUUUUCUUUCUUUUGUUGCUGUGAUUUCUUCUUCUUGUUAGAUGUGUGGGGAUCAAUCCAAUACCUGCUGAGUGCCAAUGUCUAGGAAUUCAAUAUGUACAAUUAUAUAUAUGCAUACACCUAUAUACCUUGCAUCAGCCUUUGAGAUUAUUAUAGUCUUAAACAUUAUGUGGCAGCUUUUUCUUUCUCUGUCUUGUUAAUUUUCUUGUGGUAGAUUGAUUAUAUGAGAUUAUGUGAGAUACUGUCACCUUUUCCAUGAUUACAUCCGAGUGGUUAUUUUGGAUACAAAAUUGAUCAGGCAUUGAUGCUAUAGAAGAGACCUUUAACCUAUCCAUGCUCAAGUAACCCAUGCGUACUCUUAUAUUAUGUAAUAUGUAUUAAUCCCGCCCAAUGAUAAUUUAGUUAUAAUCAUAUUUUUUGUGAAAAUAAAAAAUAAAAAAAAUAAUGCAUAUAAUAAUUUUUCAUAUUCAUUUUAGAAAGGCUAUUCAUUGUGGUGGGUUGGAAAAUCAUUACAUAAAUUACUCUCCUUGCCAAGAUCUAGAUGGGUUAAUGUGGGUUUAUGGUUUGGGCUAGAAAUUGCCUCCUCAACGAAAUUUAGCAUAAAGGUGACUACUUUUAAAAGCAACAAUAGGCCACCCUUGUUUUGGCUCCGUAGACAGCAAGGUCCCUUCUUUUGAUUUCUUUAAGCUUGCUUCUUCAGACAAGGUAUAGUAUUCAUUCAGCUAGGCAUCAGGAUCAUGAGCAUCAAAACACAAAAAGAAAAGCGUACCACUGGGAUUAUCAUAUAACUUUGUCUUUACAUUUUCUAUUGGGUAUAAAGCUAGCUGGGUUGAACUGUGUUCUUUAAAUAAUGCAUUGAGAAGUGUGGGUGUCUUGUUUUCCCAGAGCAGGGUUAUGAUAUGUGAAUUCACACGUUAUUACACCAAAAGAAUAGUAUCAUCAAGCAUCUUGUUGCAAAUUCUUGGUCUACUGACUAUUUGCAAAUGAGCAAAGAUACUUUUAUUGAAGAAUCAAGAGUUGUAGCCAUGAUUGAAUAGAAUGAAAUAUGUCUUAAAAAAAUCGCAACCAGUUAGCUCCAUAGCUGUAUUUUCUUCUCCCCUCUGCCCCCUUCGGAAGAAAAUAGAAGAGGAAACAGAAAACCUAGCACAGUACGACUAUGACUGACUUUGGUUCUGAAAGAUCAAAGCCAUGGAAUACAUACACAAGUUCAGACCCAAACCCAUCUCAAACAGGAGUGAAUCAGGAAGCUCCAUGGAAAAGCUUUGGAACAUCCAUGAAUGCCAUCUCAUUUGGUUUUGUUGCAACGGCUAUCUUGAUAUCAAUGUUUCUUAUAAUGGCCAUUUUUGAACAUCUGUUCAGGCCAGGUCCUUCUUUCUCUUCACCUGAAAGUAUGGCCAAUGGUUCUCCAGAAUCCAGACCUAUAGAGAAACUUCAAAAAGAAAGAGUGUCUGCAUUGUAUGCAUCCGAUUUCUCAGUGUUGAUGCCAGGACAGCACUGUCCCACCUACAUUGCACAACCUGCUCCUCUGCCCUGCCCAAGGGAAGGGACAUAUUGGCCUCCUCAUGAACAUAAUUUUGUACUUCCAUAGUAUAUUAUAGCUGCAAUGAUUGAAGCACCACAAAGGUUCAACUUAUAUUUACAGAACAGCCAACUCUCCUCAAUGUCUGAAUCAUCUAAGCUUAGAUAUUGUAUCUUGAAUCCUGUUUGUUGGGAGAACUUGCUAUCCUGUAGGAUUUGGUAAACCUUCUGAGGGAUGUUGGUGAAAUCAGAUCUUUCUCCUCAUAUCUACCAAAAACUUUACACUGCAUUUCCUACCUUUCAGAAUGUAGAUUAUCAAGAUAAAAUGAACUGCACACAUCAUGGGUGCAGGGACGGUUUACAUUUUGUUCUGUGGUUUGUAUCUAGUUAGCUUAGCUAGGCGGCUCAAGAACUCAACCAAGUUGACCUAUCAAGCAUGAGCCAUGGGAAAAGCUCUCUACUCUCGCGUUGCCAUAACAUCUGUAAACCAUCAUGUUAUGUGCUUUGAUUGAAUGACUUGUAUUUGUGCGACAAAGUUUAUGGUGCUUGGUGGUGCCUUCCACA